GAGGCAGGGCGGGGCAGCCCACUAGUUGAACUGCACCGCACCACUCCCGAACUCAUCAGAUACCCUCCUCCUCACUCAUCGUCGGCCUAGCGUCCGUCCUAGAGAGAGAGAGGGAGAGGGAAGGGGUGGAAAAGGUGUGAGCAGAUUGUUGAUAGAUAGAGGGGGAGAGAGAGAAAAGAGGGGGAUAUCGCAGCAGCAGCCGCAGCAGCGGGCAGAAAGAAAGACCCAAACGAGUGAGAGAGAGGAGAGAGAGCGCCACGAAAGCUUAGAAGAAGAGAGAUCCACCUCGAAGUAACCCCCCCUCCCUCCCUCCCCAUCCUCUCCUUCCUCCCCACGCCCUCCUCCCAGCGCGAGAGCACGCCGCUGCUGCCAGCGGACGACUGCGGCCAAGGCGGCGAAUUGCUCUGCUCCGCUCCGCUCCGGGCCGGGCCGCGAGGAUGAGGGAGGAGGAGGAGCCCAGCUGGUUCGCGCGCUUCGACGAGGACCUGCCGGCGCCCGACGAGCUCAUGCCGCUCUCGCAGUCGCUCAUCACCCGCGAUCUCGCCGCCGCCUUCGACAUCCCCACCACGCACGGCGGGGGCGGCCCGCUCAGCGGCGGCGCCGACGGGGCCGGCGGCGCGGGCGGCCAGGAGAUGAACGGCGGCGCGUCCUCGGCCGCCGGCUCCAGCGGCGGCAACGGGGGCGGCAACGGCGAGGAGCCGGCCAGGACCCUCAAGCGGCCGCGCCUCGUGUGGACGCCGCAGCUGCACAAGCGCUUCGUUGAUGCCGUGGCGCACCUCGGCAUCAAGAACGCCGUGCCCAAGACCAUAAUGCAGCUGAUGAGCGUGGACGGCCUCACGCGCGAGAACGUCGCGUCCCACCUCCAGAAGUACCGCCUCUACCUCAAGCGCAUGCAGGGGCUCGGCAACGGCGGUGGCGGCGGGGGAGGCAGCCACUCCUCCGGCUCCGGGACCGACGCAGCCACCGAGCACCUCUUCGCCACCGGGCCCUCCCCGUUCCUCCCGCCCGGCCGCGGCCCGGCCGUCGCCGACCCCUACACCCCCUACGCCGCCAUGCCGUCCCACCCCGCGGCGCACCACCAUCACCACCACCCGCAGCAGAUCGGCCACUUCCACCACCCCGCCGCGCGCCCGCUCGGCCACUACGGCGCCGGGCCAGGCGGCGGCUUCGACCACGGCUUCCUGAGCCGCGCCGUGGCCAGCGGCGCGCCAGUCGGCCCGCCCGGGAUGCACCACCGCAUGGUCGGCGGCGGGGCCGCGAUGGGGAUGAUGGCGCCGUCGUCCUUCGCCGAGGAGCUGGAGCUAGGGUCCCGCGGCGGCGGCGGCGGCGGCGGUCGCCGGGAGCUGACGCUGUUCCCGACCUCCGGCGAGCACUGAGCGUCGACAUCGACGGUGACCGGCAUCGAAUGGCGUCCGUCCGUCCGUCCUCCUCGGGUAUAUAAAAUUCGUUUUCCCCUCUGCCGCCGCCGCUACUUCCCACAGAUCGGCAUGGAAUCCCAGCAAGAUUCACCGCAUCGUCAUAUCAUAGAAGGCCAAGAAUUCUUGGGAAUUAGCGCUCCGCCACCCACCCAUCCAUCCAUCCAAUCCAUCCAUAUUUUCUAUCUAUCUCUCUCUCUCUCUUGGCCAGUGCUUCUGUUCUGUUCUUGUGUUGCGGACAUUUGUCAUUGCUGUUCCCGUUCUCUCCUUGUUCUUUGCUGUUGAUGACAUAAAAGCUUAGCCCUAGAGACAAUUAUUUUAGACGGUAAAAAAGUUGUGAAAAUUUGGUGCCUGCUAGUAAGUACUUUCAUUCA